AAAAAAAAUAUUUUUUAUUUCUUCUGAAGUGAUGUAACGUUUUAAUUUAGUGUGGUCCAUUAGUUCUUUCUGACAGGCAUUUUUAAAAGUUGCUUUGUGAGUUUUGGUGAACAACCUGAUCACGGUUUCACUUUGUUCUAUAAAUUUGCACGUAAACCCAUACUCUACCAUACAUUUUUUGUCUGUGAGUUCCUUAAAGGGGCUUUAAAGAACCUUGCAGUAGUGAAAUAAUUGUGGAACAGUGCGAGUACUUGACUUUUAUUAAGGGCACUUUUUGAAUAGUGAAAUGAAGUUAAUGUUAUAAUUUAGACAAAAAAGGCAUCACAUAUGCAAACAUGUGUUUUUAAUUGUAGGAUUCAGAUAGCGAUAGUGAUGAAGAUAUGGAAAUCAUUGAUGUCAACACACCGAAUAAAUUGAACUAUUAUUUCCAGCACCCUUAUGUUCGACUAAUCAUUGCUUACACAGGGGUCAUAUUAAGUUGGCUGGUCAUCGCAGAAGACCCGAUAGGAUAUAGUCUUGCAGCUAGCAAAGCAGAUGUGCUGGGAAAUAUUUAUUCCAUGCUAUUUGGAAGCUAUCCCCAGAAGAUUGAGUUUGUGGUUCUGAAGUUGUUUCUGAUAAUCUGUGCAUUUGUAACUGCAUUAUGGACAGGAAAGUAUGUCAUCCACCAGUUGCUGCUUAAUGGUAUCCUCAAACUAAAACUGUUCAGUAAAGGACAAGGGUCAUGGGUCAUAAUUUUUGGCACAUUAGUUGCAUCACUGUACUGUUGGUCUUUAGUAUUUAAUGAAAUAGUGAAAGCAAAUCCAGAAAUAUCAGAUUCCCUCAUUACUAAUGAAAUGGAGAUCACUUUCACUACCUUUACAAAGGGUGUUGCAAUUGCAUCAUUUAUUUCGCAUUUCACGCUGGUGUUGAUGGUAACAGACACAUUACUACAGGAAAAACAUUAUCCAACCUGGGCAAAAUGGAUCCGCAAGAAAUGGCAAGGCAAAUACUUAAGAAUAAUUUGCUUCUGGUCAACUGGAAUUGUGAUGACCUUCAUUGCAGUUAUAGUUAUAGCCGCAGAUUUAUUGUCUUGGGAUGAAAUGUCAUCCAAUUAUGCAGCUUCAAAUGAGUUAGGACGUUCUUGCCUUUCAGCUCUUGUGAUUCUCUUUGAUGUACUUGUGAUUACACAGGACUGGGAAUUUCCAAGAUUUAAACCCAAUCCAUUAUUGAAGCUACCUGGACUAUUAGCAUCGAAAUUGAAUUUUAAAAUGUGCUGCAUGCAGUUUCAACUGAAAGGAAAAUGGUUCACAUAUGGUUUGUUAGGCCUUAUUCUUCUAAUCGAUUGUUAUAAUUUUAAAAAUCAACUUAUGUACCAGCCUCAGUUGUACGAGCAAUUUACUGAUCAAAACAAUAAUAUUAUAAGUAUUGUAGAUGAAAACUUGUUCAUCAAAGGAAACAGUACUCAGCUCAACCACACCAUAUACAACAACGAUCAGAUACACAAACUGCAUUUAAAAUACAAUGAUUACACAAUGGGGGAGAAAUCAAUAUCUUUUUUACCCUUAAUAUUGGCAAUCAUUCAUUUCGUUGCUUUUGGAAUAAAGCGUUCAAUGGAGAGAAGAAAAAACUGAAGAUAAUAUAUAGCCAUAUUGGAACCGGUUUAAUACAAGCGAGGAAACACGCAGAAGCUUAAUAAAUGUGUACAGAUUUAUAAAAUUAUUAACAAAAUUAUAGCACUUACCAUGGACUUACAGAGAUAUUUCAAUAAAUAUUCCAUAAAUAAAGAACCCAAUAAGAAACCGAGAUCUCAAGAUUACAAUAAAUAUUAUGGCACUUACCAUCAGUUUUCCCUUUUAUGUUCAACUGAAUAUCAUAAAAUGGUUCUUCCCUGUAAAGAAAGCAAAUUAAAUUUUUGUGGAUAAACUUUUUGUGAAUGAACUUUUGAGUAAUUAAAGACAGAAUGUUGUAUCUUAGUAUUAUUGGUCAUCUUUUUACUUCUUCCAGUAAUCAUAAAUCACAAUAUCAGAAAAACUCACCUUGCUGAACGGUAGUCAACAUUUAAGCAUUGAAUAUAUGACUAAAAAGAAAAUAUAAAUGCAUGAAUAAAAUGACACACAACUUUUUUUUACUAUAGCACUUAUUAAAUAAUGGUUUAUAUUAAAUCAUGACAAAGAAAGAGAAGUUAACAGUUUUCGAGUCCAUAUGAGUUAUUAUUAUUAGCACAAAAAUAUCUCAAACAUGAUUGGCUAUAAGGAGGGACAUAAAUACAAUGUCUUAUGCUACAUGUCAAAUAUGACAGCGUAAAAAUAUUAAGAACCCAAGUAGAAAAGAGAAAUAAGUACCACAGGUUCUUUAUAUAAGAGAUCUUAUCUUCAUAUGUUUAUAGAAGAAAUAAAAUAAGU